CGUGCAAAGUACCGGAAGUAAAUACUGUGUGUUUUCAUGGAAUUAUGAUUAUCAUAUCAUGAUGAAAGUCGUCAACAAAGAAUGAGGACUGUAUAUCAGUUAAACACUCAUGACAUGCUAAUGUAGAAUGAAAGUUGUAAAUAUUUUGUUUACUUUCAUUCAUCUGAUAAGUGAGUGAAGGAUUCAGAGGGUAAGACAUGGCAUCCUCAGAGAAGGUGAUGGAAGAUAAAGAGGAUGAACUUCCUGAAGAGGCGUUUAUGGCGGAGGAGGUUGAAGAAUCAAGCCCUGACUUAGACUUAUUCCUGGAGAACAUUUUAUUCGACUAUCUGGCUGAUUCUGAUGACUUUGAGGAGGAUGAGAUUAUCCCAAUAGUUCCAGUAGAUUUACUACUUCCCUUCGGAAAUGUUAACGGAUCGGACGAAUGUGAAAUAUGUCUGUCCAAAGAAAGUAAAGUCCGCAAUCGUUCAUGCUGCCGAAUACCUGUUUGUGAUGACUGCAUGGAGAAAUAUUUUGUUACUCAAAUAGAAUCUGGUUUUAGAAGGAUGCAGUGCAUUGCGUCUGACUGCGAGGAAUAUGUUCAUGUUGACGAGAUUAUGUGCCGAUUACCAGUUGAUUUAAAAGACAAAUUUUACAAAUAUCUUGUAGAUACUAAUAACGAUCCUCAUGUUAAAACUUGUCCUAACUGUAGUUAUGUACAACGAGUCACAAAAGAGGAAUUGAACAUUCCAAAAAAGAAAAGAAAAUAUGGUAUUCAUAUAGUUUGUAAAGACUGUCAUUUGGAAUGGUGCUUUAUUUGCCAUGCACCUUGGCAUCGAGAAGGCAUAACAUGUAAAGAUUAUCAGAAAGGUGACAAGCUAGUUAAAAACUGGGCCAAAGAGUUUCAUUAUGGAAACAAAAAUGCAGAACGUUGCCCAAAAUGCAAGGUUUUUAUAGAGAGAACCUCUGGGUGCGACCACAUGACCUGUAAGAAUUGUGAUACAGUGUUCUGCUACAAGUGUGGAGAGAAGUACAUUAAAAUCAGAUUUAUUGGGGAUCACUAUGGCAGAUUCAGUCCACUGGGAUGUAAACACAAACUGUUUCCAGAUAAACCAGUUCUACGAAAAGUCAUACGUGGAUCAGCACUUGGUGCUAAGUUAUUUGGAGGAAUACUCCUUGGGGGGUUGGCCAUAGGAGGAGCAGUCAUCUUUGUUGCAGUCAGUCCCAUUGUAGUGCCUGCAUACUUCGGUCACAAGUUCAGGAUGCGAAGACGUUGGAGGCGCACAAGACGCAGGCUAAGAAAGCAAGAGGACCUGAGGAUGCAGAAUGAUGCUCACUUUCUAGAGGCCAUGCAACUCAGCCUUGAGGAGGCACUACAAGCACAAAUUCAGGAUAUUGUAAUUCAUGGUGAUCAGAGUACACAAACUACAUUACAAGGCACUGAGGAUGAUGAUGGAAGUACACUUUCAUCUAAAGAGGAUGAGGAAGAGGCCAGUGAAGGAAGGGAAGAUGAGGAAGCAGGAAAGAAUGAAAAUGUGAAAGUUAUCAUCCAUAACCAAGAUGAUGAUGAUAAGAAUUCAUCCACCAUUUUGGAGGUUGAGGAAGAAAGCCAAGUCCUUGUGACAGGUGGACAUGGAGAAGGUCACAUGACCACAGCUGACCUAGAAACGCAGUCAGAUGGACAGGUGGUACUGCAUGUAAAAACCACACCGAAAUCCUCAGAAGACGAGAAAAAAUUAAACCAGUUGGAAGAGGGUGACUUCACAGUCAAGGAAAAUGAAGAUUCAAUCAGCAAUGGAGGAUGUUUAAUCAAAAUUCUAAAGAGAUUACCCUCUGUUUGGGAGAAAGAGAAGGAUGGAGAGAAAAUCCAGAAAUCGGAGAGCACUGAGGACUCUAAAAGCAUUAAAGAAAUCUAUUCUCCAAGUGAGCAGAGUGAGGGGGACAUUAGCCCUGGUUCUUUGAAGUUCAGCGAGACUUUAGAAUGCCUGAAGCAAUUGCAAGUAGAGAGUGAACUGAAAGAUUCGUAUUAUGGCUUAGUGUCUACCACUGAUGAGAUUACUUAUCUGUGAUAUCGUAUAGGUUUGGUUUCUUUUCUUAGCUACUCCACAUUGUUUGUGUGCUCACUGAAGUUUUAUCCACAUACCAUAGAGUUUCUUUUAUGGUUUGAGUUCCUUUGGUCAAAAAACCCUAGGAGAUUACACAUGGGGCUAAGGAUUCAUUGUUUGUACAUUUAUGAAAUUAAGCUUCUUCUUCACAUUUUUCAUCAUUGAUUUUCAUAAAGCAGUGAAGAUUGCAACAAUACACUGUAUAAUGUAUAAAACUUCAGAAAAUGAAAAUAUGAUGAAUUAUUUGUUUGGAGCAAAACUGUACAUGUGGAUAUACAUUUAUUAAUUUUAUUUCAAAACAAACUUACAUUAUACAUUGUAAUAUCUACCCAGUUCAAGGAAAGAAAACAAUGUACAAAUUUUAGUGUAAUUUUGAAAAUAAUUCAUUUUUUAAUACAUGUACAGGGCAUUUGCAAAUGCUACCAUAUCGUCUUUUGAAAUAAUUCCUAAAAUUAAUGAUUUGCAAAAACAUAUAUGUGCACUGUGGAAACAUUUAAAUUUCAUGGUGGCCCAAUAUUCAUUGAAUUUUUGGGUACCCGGCAUCCACAAAUUUAUAUCCUC